CAUUAGAUACCGGGCGUUCAUUAGAUACCGGGCGUUCAUUAGAUACCAGGCGUUUUAUUAAAGCAUAUACGGUAGUAACUCUCAAAGGUUUGAUAAUAAAAGAUAUCCAACAAUUAAAAAUAUGUACAUCUUACAACAGCUCAGUGUUCAAAUGCGUCUAAUUUAAAUAGGACUAAAUCCGGCUUAAGUGUCCAUGGCAACGAUGACGUCAAUAAAUCUCGUUAAAAUUAUUUGUGAAUCGAGAUUCUUAUAUGAAAGUUUCGAAUGACUCUCAAACUUUCUUGGCAAUUUGCAAUUUCGAGAUUUUCUGAACAAAAAAGAGGAACGAAGGAAUUUAAAUUAUUUGCAGAGGAUAGAGGCGUCACUGCUCAUUCCAAUCGCAUUACAUAAGGAAAAGGAAUCAAGAUUGUUCGUCAGUUCCAGUAGCACACUCUAGAUGUGCGAGACGUAACAAAUAAAUCAGGAGAAGAAAGAUAUUCUUAUAACAUCUACGUAAACAAAAGAACAUGUGGUUACUCUGUGUUUUCCACUGCUUAAUAAUUAUAAACUCGAUUGAUGUACAUGGUGAUAGGAUUACUACAGAAUUGUUUCCGUCUUAUUUGGAUCGCGAGUUGUGGUAUAACACAACAGCUAAAAAGUUGACAUACAGUAUAUAUAAACAUCGGUAUUCUGUUGAAGAAUUUAACGUGUUAAAGUUUAAGUAUGAUGACACUACUGUCGAAGAACAGCCAUCGUUGCGGCGGAAACGUCGGAAUAUUUUUGGUGGCGACGACAGAUAUCAUAUUAAAGACGAUUUCGUCAAGAAAUAUCCUUUUCAAACUGCCGUACGACUUAGCCAUGGUUGCACCGGAACUUUAGUGUGGUAUCAACAUGUGUUGACAUCGGCACAUUGCGUUCACAAUCGGAAGGAAUUCGAUCCGCCGUUAAAAGAAUUACGCGUCGGUUUACUGAAAAUUGACGGUACGUUCGAAUGGUACGGAGCGAGUAGUGUGCACGUUCCACGUUCUUGGAGAAGAAAAUUAGGAAUGUCGUAUUUAAAUCACGAUUAUGCGAUCAUAAAGCUUGACCGCCCUCAUCGACGUCGCUGGAUGCCGUUUGGUGUAUAUGACGUCUCCAUGAACAAACACAUACAACUUGUCGGCUUUCCUUCCGACAAAAAAGAUAACGAGAUGUGGUAUUCGUUUUGUACUAUUGCGCAAUCCAAAAAACACACGUUUUUUAGUUAUUGCGACGCUACUCGUGGUAUGUCUGGCUCGGGCGUGUAUGUAUACAACGAAAACAGAAAACCAGAUCGCCUAGUUGUCGCUAUCUUUUCUUCGUAUGUCCAAUUUAAAACUAAAGGCCUGCAAAAGACUUUUUAUUACGACGCUAAUGUUGCAACACGCCUUACCGCUAAAAAAGUGCGCCGGAUUUGUAAGUGGCUAAGAGCCGGAAAAAACUGUUACCGGUUAAACCCGAUGCUCAGCGGACAUAUGGUGAAAUUUAAAUAAUCAAUCAGAGAUAGAAAUGUUUUGACGAUCAUAAUGGUUCCCCGCGAAUAACGCCCAGUGAAGUUUGCACCACAAGUAAAAGAAAAGCACAUUUUAAUUUAUUUCAUAAAUAAACUAACAAAAUGUCGAAUGAAUUCACUAUGUGACACGAUGGUAUUUUUCUAUGAAAAUGUAUUUUUGUACGGUCCACGGUCGCAUGAAAUAUACAUCGCCGCCCUACGAAAAUUUGUAUUUAUCUAAACAAAACAAUUGGUCAAUUUGUAAAACAUGAAAUAUACGAAUUCAUGAGUUACUUUAAUUAUACCAAACUUUAUAGUAACAUUAUAUAUAUAUAAAUAUGUUUCGCAAAAAUAUAUUAGAUUUAGUUGCCAUAUUGUAAAUGUUAUAUUUAUUCUAUACUUGUA